AGGCACAACCCAAAGGUACAGAUUCAGUCAAGUUUCAACGCUCGACAUCAACGUUUCGACACGCGCGUGCCACCAACUGAAACAGCAAUAUAAAAACAAAAUUCGAAAAGAAAGAAAAUAUAAAAACAUAUAUAAUUAUUGAGCUCUUGUGUAUUUGGGCCUUUUUUAUCGUGUAGUUUGUGUGUUGUGAGUGUUUGUUCAAGACAAAUUGGGUGCUCAAUCCAUGUGGGUUCACAUUUUGGAGGCCUUUGGACAACCCAUGCCGAUCGUUGACAGAAAUCUGUUAAUUGAAAAUAAUUACAUGCUAAGCUCCUGCCAAGUGUUUGCUACUAGCCGGUUUAUUUCUUAGCCUAACCAGCAGCUCGAUUUGGCCAUUGUCCGGCGUUUUUGCCCUGCCGCGUCAUAUGCAUGGUCGACACUUAAUAUUGCCACAUCAACAUCACGUACAUUUACGCUCAGCGGAUAGUUUAGCCAUCAAUUCGAUAUUAAUUAAAGUAGAUCCAGCUAAAAAGACAUCACAAAGUUGCUUAAAAAUCAAAAUGACAACCCAGCCAACACGUAAAAGUAUUGAGGAUGCAUUAAAUACCACGGAACAGACAAAAAAUUCCAUUCAAUGUCUACUCGAGGAAUGGCUUGUACGUGAUCAUGAUCUUAGCCUCAAAAUGGCCAUCCAACGUUAUAGUCUGCAUCAAUUGGAUCUCGAGCAUCCAUUGCGGGAGGCCAUCAAGACGGUGAAAGUCAAUGAUAAUGACAACGAUGAUUCGGUGCACUUUUCAUUCGAAACAUCUGAGAUUGGGGCACCCGUUGAGGAAUUAUCCAAAAUUUUGGAUUCCCUAGAGAUUGUCCGGCAUUUGAUCAAUUCACUGAAAAUGCCAAAAGAAUUGUGGCGAGACACCUUUACCCAUAUUAGCGAGAAAAUGACCCAUAACAUAUUUAUGGCCACAUCGGCCAUGGGUAUUGAGAAAUGCGAUAGAUCCGGCUAUACCUAUAAUAACAAUCAUGCCAAUGUUAUGUAUGCUGUUGGCCUGGAGGCCAUCAAAUUGCUAACCGUUGUCCAGGGCAAAUAUGAGCUAAUGCUGGAGAGUGAAGGACUUUUGUUGGAUGAUGUCUGAAAUCGUGACCGAACCGAAGAAGCCAUCUCAAAUAUGUAGUAGUUCCAUUAAUGAAAUACCAAAACUAAACUUAUGAAUUCUCAAGGCAGGCUAUUAUAGUACUUAGAUUAUCAACAAAUAUGUAUUAUACAUCCAAACACAACACACACAUACACACAUACACACAUAUAUAUACAUGUAUAUUGUCCUAACAAUCCAUGCCAUAACUCAUAGUUCAUAUGCGUAAAUUAGUUAAAUUAUUAUAAAUCCAUUGCCAACCUAUCACAACCAAAAUACCCCACCCACACCCCCACAACCCGCCAACAAAGCAACUCAUCUAAAUUAUUUUUUAACUAAU